AUGAAUCAACUUGUUGGCGCUGCGCAUCGCAAUGGAAGCCCGCACCAGACCAGGAGAAGACUCGCUGUGGAAGAUGAGAUCAUAAGGAUCCCGGACUGUGACAUUAACGCGGUCUCGGAACAGUUCAAACUUACCCUAAUCGGGCGAACUCUCCACAAGGAGGGAAGAAGUAUCGAUGCCCUAAUCAAACUGCUGCCAAAACCCAAGAUCUGGGACGUCGAAGGACGGGCUCACGGGAUAAACCUUGGGAACGGUCGCUUCCAGUUUGACUUCGAUCAUGAAGAAGAUCUGAACAAAGUCUUGGAUAAACGACCAUGGCACUUCAACCGGUGGAGCUUUGCCCUAGAAAAAUGGGAACCCUUCACCCGAGAGGAUUUCCCAACACGAUGCUAUUCUGGAUCUUGGUCACGGGAAUCCCGGUGCACUUAUGGAAUGAUGAUACCUUCAAUGAGAUCGGAAAAGUCCUCGGAACAGUUACAAAGAUCGAUGCAAAAAGGGCAAAGUUUCAAGUCUCGCUCAAUGCUGAUAGACCCCUGCAAUUCACACGGAAAGUUGGGUUUUCCAACGGAGAUACCGCCAUGGUGA